GCAACCAUGUCAGGUCGUGGUAAGGGAGGGAAAGGACUAGGGAAAGGGGGCGCCAAGCGCCACCGGAAGGUUUUGCGGGACAACAUUCAGGGCAUUACCAAGCCUGCUAUUCGGCGUUUGGCUCGGCGCGGUGGUGUGAAGCGCAUCUCCGGCCUCAUCUACGAGGAGACCCGCGGGGUGCUGAAGGUGUUCCUGGAGAACGUGAUCCGGGACGCGGUGACCUACACGGAGCACGCCAAGCGCAAGACGGUCACGGCUAUGGAUGUAGUCUACGCGCUCAAGCGCCAGGGACGUACCCUGUACGGCUUUGGCGGUUGAGAGUAUGAGAGUCGGUAUCCUUCAAACUUUAAAAACAAAGGCCCUUUUCAGGGCCGCCCA